UAGAAACUAGCCAAACCGUUGGUAACACUGCAAACGCGUUUCGCGUGAAUUAUUAAUUUAAACUUAUUUUCUGAGAAUAUGGAAUAGCUGGGGAAAGUAAAAAAUAUGUCCAUCAGCAGAGCCAAAGUCGCGCGCUUGUGAAUAACACGUUGGGCCAUCGCGACGGAAAUGUGUGGCUGAAAUAGCGAUGUAAUUAUGAUUUUGCAAAAACAACAAGCCCCAAAGUGCUAAUAAAAAUACCAACACACACACACACACGGGCAAGCAAAAGCCAAUGUGAAAAUUGUAAAUUAAUAAAUGCGCGGCGGUCUGAUAGCAUAUCGAAUUAGCAAAAUAUGCUCGAAUUUCGUGCCAGCGAGCGAUCAAAACUGUGUGUGAAUUGCAACAGAAAAUAAUUUCAAGGUUUGCAGCAGGCGAACAGAAGGCGAAAAGGAAACGCAACCAAAUAAACACAAAGAAGCCGUAACAACUAAAAAAUAGCUUACAUUUUAAAUAAAAAAAAUCAGAAAACUAACAACGAGAUGAAGUACCCAACUGGAACUACUGAGAACCCGAUGUCUGCCGGCAUCACUAACAGUGCAUCCAUCGAGAUGCAGCCAAACACAACCACAUCCACGCCCAAACCGGAGCGCACAGCCACCACACCCCCAGCCUCAGCCCCAGCCCUAGCCACAACGACGACGGAUAACAAUCCGAAUCCCCAGAACGCAAGCCAGGCGUCCAAUGCACUGUUCUGCGAGCAGGUGACCACAGUUACCAAUCUCUUUGAGAAAUGGAACGACUGCGAACGGACAGUUGUAAUGUAUGCACUGCUGAAGCGGCUGCGCUAUCCGAGCCUCAAGUUCCUCCAGUAUUCGAUCGACAGCACCUUGACCCAGAGCCUGGGCACCUCACAGACGAAUCUGAGCAGCGUUGUCAUCGACAUCAAUGCCAACAAUCCGGUGUACCUGCAGAAUCUGCUCAACGCGUACAAGACCUUCCAGCCGUGCGACCUGCUGGACGCCAUGUCCUCCUCUUCCUCGGACAAGGACUCAAUGCCCUGCUACGGUAGCGACUUCCAGAUCACCACCUCGGCCCAGUGCGACGAGCGCAAGCUGUACGCCCGCAAGGAGGACAUCCUCAACGAAGUGCUGAACAUGCUGCCGCUCCUGAAGCCCGGAAACGAGGAGGCGAAGGUCAUCUACCUGACACUGAUACCGGUGGCCGUCAAGGACACCAUGCAACAGAUCGUCCCCACAGAGCUGGUGCAGCAAAUCUUCUCCUAUCUGCUGAUCCAUCCAGCGAUCUCUAGCGAGGAUCGGCGGUCCCUGAACAUCUGGCUGCGUCACUUGGAGGAUCACAUCCAAGCAGCGGCGGCGGGCUUGACGAACCGCAGCUACUUCCUGCAGCCCUCGCCGCAACUGGUGGUCGGUGGCAGCUCCACCGGGAGCGGCAGUUGCUCCUCCUCCUCGGCGACCAGCUCCUCGACGGCCUCGUGCUCGUCGGUGACCUCGGGCAGCCGUUCCUCGCGCACCAACGACUGGCAGACCAUCGCGCCGCCCAGCAAACAUCUGCAGCACAAGCUGUCGGAUUGGAGGGGCUCGGGCUCCGGCUCCAGCGGUUCCAUCAAUCCACUCUGUGAUAAUUUAAAUGGUAUUACCCGGAACGAAUUAGCUUCUAGUCAGACCCAGAACAGCCUCGGCCUCACCCUGGACAGCAGCUCCUCGCUGGUGAACGGCGUGGUGGCUGGCGCGGCGGCGGGCUCCAUGCUGGGCAUCACGGGAGGCAACAGUGGCGACGACCACGACACAUCAUUCAGCAAGAAUGGCACGGAAAUACUCGACUUUGAUCCCACGACAGCCGACGUUGGCGAAGCCUGCAGCCUGGCCAGCAGCACCAAUCUCUGCGGAGCUCCCGACACCAAUCCUCAGCAGCAUCUGCUGCAACCGCCGCCGUAUGCAUCGAUUCUGAUGGGCGAUCAGUUCGGGGACAUCAACCGGUGGAGCCUGGACAGCAAGAUCGCUGCCCUGAAGACGCGCCGCUCCAACAGCCUGACCACCCAAACGAUCUCCAGCUGCUCCAGUUCGUCCAACUCCUCGGUGAUCACGGUCAACGACAACUGCUCCAAUUCCACCGAGAACCUGGCCCAGUUCGCCAACAAGCCGAGGAGCUUCUCGCUGUCCAUUGAGCACCAGCGCGGUGUCCUGGCCAACAGCGGCUCCGACACCCGGUUGGACGAGUUCAAGCCGAACUACAUCCGCUUCCACACCCGGAACGUUGGCAUGUCGGGCAUCGGCCUCUGGCUGAAGUCGCUGCGCCUCCACAAGUACAUCGAGCUGUUCAAGAACAUGACCUACGAGGAGAUGCUGCUGAUCACCGAGGACUUCCUGCAAAGUGUCGGCGUGACGAAGGGCGCAUCCCACAAGCUGGCUCUCUGCAUCGAAAAGCUGAAGGAGCGGGCCAACAUCCUGAAGCGCGUCGAACAGGAGCUAGUCACAGGUCAGAUGAAGCUCAGCACUGCCGUCGAGGAGCUAACGAACAUUGUGCUGACCCCGAUGAAGCCGCUGGAUGCCCUGGGGCCGCCGGAGGAGAACAUUGGUCUGCGAUUCCUUAAGGUGAUUGACAUCGUUAGCAAUACCCUGCAGCAGGAUCCCUACGCCGCGCAGGACGACGAGACCCUUGGCGUUUUUAUGUGGAUACUGGACCGGUCCAUCCACAACGAGGCGUUCAUGAACCAUGCCAACCAGCUGAAGGAGCUCAAGUUCAAGCUGUCCAAGCUGAAGAGUUCGAUGCCGAAGCUGCAUCAUGUGAAGGCCGCCGGCGCGGGAGUCAAUGGCGGCAACAUCAACAAACCAAGAUGGAAUGGCAAGACGCGCAAGUGUGACACGAAGAACGGCAGCAACGACCGGAUCAAUAACCGGAAGAACUCCAACGACAUGCUGAACUUCUCGCUGAACUGCCUGCAGCAUCCCCAGCUGCCGCAUCAUCCGCAGCAGGGACCGCCGCCUCCUCUGCCCUUGGCCCAGUUCGACUACAACGGCUACAACAGCGGGCCAUCGCACCAGCCGCAGUACAAGAGCUCCUCGUACCCCAGCUUCAUGGGCAAUCCCCAGCAACAGCAGCAGCCACAACAGCCGCCCAAGUCCUCCCAUCACCAUGGCCAGCAGCAGCAGAUGCAGCAAAUGUUGCAGCAACACAACCACUUCCCGGCAUUGCCGCAGCAGACUCCACCCCAGGCACAGCCGCACCGUCGAUCGCUGAACAACCUCAUCCUGGUGGCCGGCGGACCUCAGCAGCCGCAGCAGCUCAUCUUCAAGCCCGGCCAGGGAGUCCUAACAAACAAUGGAUCGAACGAUAACCUCCUGAAUCAGCCCCAGGCCAGGAAACUCAGCGGUGGAGUGACCAGCUCCGAGCAGCAACCAAAGAAGACCAUGGCUGCCGUGGUGAUGGUUAGUAGUAAUCCCAGCCAGAGUCAGGAGCAGCACGACCAGGGAGCCAUCCUGAUCGGCAGCAACAACAACAAUAACAACAGCAUGCUUAACAACAACCUGAUUAACCAGCAGCAGCUGCAGUUGCUGGCGGCAGCUGUUGCCUCGUGUCCCAGUACCAGUGUAGGUGGUGGUGGUGGUAUAGUCGGUGGCUUAACCGGUGGCGCCUGUGGCCACAAUCUGUGUCACCAGAGCAGCACGAACAACAACCAUGCCGUCGACCAUUGCCUCGGCAUGAUGAACGACUUCAAGAGUCUGGAACAGCUGGAGACGCUGUGCCGUCAGAUGACGGAGCAGGCAAUGAACUGAGCCAUGUCGUCGUGGGGGACGUGGAUCGGCCAGAAGUUUUUUGU